AGCAUCAUCAGCUUUCACAAUUCCGAAAGGGAGGUGACUUGAGUGACCGAAGAACAUACGUUGAAUUCAGCAGGAGUGCACCUGGAAAUAGACCACAUCAGCCACCAACCUACAGCUAUUGGACUGAGGACAGUUGAGAUGCAUGGCCUGUAAGCAGCCAGCGCCAGUGAUGGCUCAUAGGAAGAGGCCAGGGACCAGCGGCUCCAGCUGCAGCAUGGUGGUGCCCCCCGUCCGGCCCCUCUGCCCCGCCGCCUACCCCCCAGAGCAGCACGACCAGGAGCAUGAGGAGGGCCCGGGGGAGGAGGAGGAGGUCCACUACUGCCGCCAGCAGGGCCUGGAGCCAGAGCUGACAGACAGCCGGCCAGCCACACCUACUACACCUGACCUGGAACACGAGCAUGAACACAGCCAUGACCAUGAUCACCCAGACUGCCACGACCAUGAUGACCACAGUCACAGCGACGACCAUGCAGAGUGCCAUGGCCACGAGCAUGCAGACUGUCAUGGUCACGAUCACGGUCACAGUCACGACGACGUAGACUGCCAUAACCACGGCCACGUCCACAGUCCCAUCAAUGACCACGACCAUGCAGGCUGUCACGGCCACCGUCACGACCACGCUGACAGCCUGGACGGAGACUCCAGCUCUGACUAUGUGAACAACACCUCGGAGGAGGAGGACUAUGAUGAAGGUCUGCCGGAGGAGGAUGAGGGCGUCACCUACUACAUCCGCUACUGCCCUGAGGAUGACAGCUACCUGGAGGGCAGCAUGGACUGCAAUGAGGCCGAGACUGACUAUACGGCCAGCACCGUGCAGCACGUCCGGGCUGAGCCCCCGGGCGACACAGACGAGUGCCAGGAAGCGGUGGAGGAGUGGGCGGAGGGAGAAGGAGGGGUGGAGGUGGGGGAGGUGCGCUCUGAGGUGGUGGAGCAGGACCCAGAUGAACAGAUCUACAACGUCCUGGACCACCACCCCCACCCCGCCGCCGUCCUGCACGAGUCCCCCCCACCCACAGAGGAGGAAGAAGAGGAGGAGGAGGAGAGAGCUGGGGUUGCCUACACUGGACCCUACUAUGGCCCAGAGGAGGACAAUGGGAACUCCAUGGUUCACAUACCGCGGUCUCCAUACCGUGGCCGUAAGGUGGUAGUGGAGGGGGAGACUGGGGAGGAGGCGGAGGAGGACAUUGACCAGAUAGUGGCAGAGAUCAAGAUGAGUAUGAGCAUGGGUAGUCUGAGCAGUGGUGGCACUGACCAGAGCCCUGACGAGCUGGUGCAAGACAGUGUACCCAGUGAUUACCACCCUCCUGAGGCCCACGCCAAGCCUGAGCCUGCCCCCUACACCCCAACCCCACACCGCCACGACAGCAGACCCAAGUCCCUCAACCUCCCCUCCUCCACACGGCACAACAACCCUGAGCUCCAGAGGGGCUUCAAGGUUCGCUCCCGCACCCCGGAGGAGCGACAUCAGUGGGCUCAAGAACAGAUGACCAACGGUGCAGAGCAGCCCAGGAAACAGCAGCGUUCUGACCUCAACGUGCCGCUGGAGAACAACAAUGUCCCGGAGGAAACAAAGAAGGCUGCAUCUUUCCCCAGCUUUGUUGAUGUUCCGGGGCCCUGUGAGCCAGAAGAUCUUAUUGAUGGCAUCAUCUUUGCUGCUAACUACCUGGGUUCCACCCAGCUGCUCUCUGAGAGGAACCCGUCCAAGAACAUCCGCAUGAUGCAGGCCCAGGAGGCUGUCAGCCGGGUCAAGAGGGUUCAGAAGGCUGCCAAAAUCAAGAAAAAGGCGAGCCCAGAGGGGGACGCACAGACACUGACAGAGGUGGACCUCUUCAUCUCCACCCUGAGGAUCAAAGUGCUCAACGCAGACACACAGGAAACUAUGAUGGACAACGCCCUGCGCACCAUCUCCUACAUAGCUGACAUUGGGAACAUCGUGGUGCUGAUGGCGAGGCGCCGCAUGCCGCGCACAGCCUCCCAGGACUGCAUCGAGACGACACCUGGAGCCCCAGAGGCCAAGAAACAGUACCGGAUGAUCUGCCACGUCUUUGAGUCUGAGGACGCCCAGCUCAUAGCCCAGUCGAUUGGGCAGUCAUUUAGCGUGGCUUACCAGGAGUUCCUGAGGGCCAACGGCAUCAACCCAGAGGACCUGAGUCAGAAGGAGUACAGUGACAUCAUCAACACACAGGAGAUGUACAACGAUGACCUCAUCCACUUCUCAAACUCUGAGAACUGCAAAGAGCUGCAGCUGGAGAAGCAUAAGGGGGAGAUCUUGGGCGUGGUCAUAGUGGAGUCUGGCUGGGGCUCCAUCCUGCCCACGGUCAUCCUGGCCAACAUGAUGAACGGUGGGCCGGCCGCCCGCUCCGGGAAGCUCAGCAUCGGAGACCAGAUCAUGUCCAUCAACAACACCAGCCUGGUGGGGCUGCCGCUCGCCACCUGUCAGGGAAUCAUCAAGGGCCUGAAGAACCAGGUGCAGGUGAAGCUGAACAUUGUGAGCUGUCCACCUGUCACCACCGUGCUCAUCAAGAGGCCAGACCUCAAGUACCAGCUGGGCUUCAGCGUCCAGAAUGGGAUUAUCUGCAGCCUGAUGCGGGGGGGUAUUGCCGAACGGGGGGGUGUCCGGGUUGGCCACCGUAUUAUUGAGAUCAAUGGCCAAAGCGUGGUGGCUACAGCGCAUGAGAAGAUUGUCCAAGCCCUCUCAAACUCUGUGGGCGAGAUUCACAUGAAGACGAUGCCAGCGGCCAUGUUCAGACUCUUAACAGGACAGGAGACUCCUAUGUAUAUAUAAACCAAGGACAGAUCCCAUUUUCCUCCACAGAGCAGCUGUACGCAGUGGUUGUUUACAGUCCAGUUGGAGAGCUCUGGGUGGACCAGACUAGCAGACUAAUGAGUGUCAGCCUGAGUGAUUACCUUUCUUACUUUUGUGUCGAUGACUUAUCCUUUUCUGAGCUAACAUUCAUUCAACUGAUACUCCCGAUAUUUUGCUGAUGUUAAUACUAAAGAGGGUCAUCUGGGUGUUUACGUUAUUUAUUUGUGUUGUUAGUGUAUUUUGGAUGCAUCACAAUGUGUUUUUUAUAUUCACAUCAAUGUAAUAUUGUACCUGCAUAUUGUUUCAUUUAAUUUUCAUGUAAAUACAUAUUUUGCUAAUGUGUCUGAAGUAAUGGGGAAGGGUCAUGGCUGCUUUGUAAAUAUUUGUCUUUCCCUGCUGGUUUGAUAGCAGGGAAGAAAGCCCUUGACCGCUAAAGGACGAUUGAAAUCCUGUUGUCAAUAUAGUUUAGAUGGACAAUGAAAGGGUAUUUGGGAGUGACUUGGGUAAUAUAAUUUUGUUUAUAUACAGUACCAGUCAAAGGUUUGAGCACACCUACUCAUUCAAGGGUUUUUCUUUAUUUUUACUAUUUUCUAUAUUGUAGAAUAACAGGGAAGACAUCAAAACUAUGAAAUAACACAUAUGGAAUCAUGUAGUAACCAAAACAGUGUUAAACAAAUCAAAAUAUAUUUUAUAUUCUUCAAAGUAGCCACCCUUUGCCUUGAUGACAGCUUUGCACACUUUUGGUAUUCUCCCAACCAGCUUCACCCGGAAUGCUUUUCCAACCACCUUGAAGGAGUUCCCACAUAUGCUGAGCACUUGUUGGCUGCUUUUCCUUCACUCUGCGGUCCAACUCAUCCCAAACCAUCUCAAUUAGGUUGAGGUCGGUUGAUUGUGGAGGCCAGGUCAUCUGAUACAGCACUCCAUCACUCUCCUUCUUGGUCAAAUAGCCCUUACACAGCCUGGAGGUGUGUUGGGUCAUUGUCCUGUUGAAAAACAAUUAAUAGUCCCAUUAAGUGCAAACCAGAUGGGAUGGUGUAUUGCUUGCAGAAUGCUGUGGUAGCCAUGCUGGUUAAGUGUGCCUUGGAUUCUAAAUAAAUCAGACAGUGUCACCAGCAAAGCACUCCCACACCUCCUCCUCCAUGCUUCACAGUGGGAGCCACACAUGCAGAGAUCAUCCAUUCACCUACUCUGUGUCUCACAAAGACACAGUGGUUGGAACCAAAAAUCUCAAAUUUGUACACAUCAGACCAAAGGACAGAUUUCCACGGGUCUAAUGUCCAUUGCUCGUGUUUCUUGUCCCAAGCUAGUUUCUUAUUAUUAUUGGUGUCCUUUAGUAGUGGUUUCUUUGCAGCAAUUUGACCAUGAAGGCCUCUGAACAGUUGAUGUUGAGAUGUUACUUGAACUCUGUGAAGCAUUUAUUUGGGCUGCCAUUUCUGAGGCUGAUAACUCUAAUGAACUUACCCUUUGCAGCAGAGGUAACUCUGGGUCUUCCUUUCCUGUGGCGGUCCUCAUGAGAGCCAGUUUCAUCAUAUCGCUUGAGGGUUUUUGCGACUGCAAAUUUUCUUGAAAUUUUCCAUAUUGACUGAUCUUCAUGUCUUAAAAUAAUGAUGUACUGUCAUUUCUCUUUAUAUAUUUGAGCUGUUCUUGCCAUAAUAUAGACUUGGUCUUUUACCAAAUAGGGCUAUAUUAUGUAUUCCACCGCUACCUUGCCACAACACUACUGAUUGGCACAAACUCAUUAAGAAGGAAAGAAAUUCCACAAAUUAGCUUUUAACAAGGCACACCUGUUAAUUGAAAUGCAUUCCAGGUGACUACCUCAUGAAGCUGGUUGAGAUAAUGCCAAGAGUGUGCAAAGCUGUCAAGGCAAAGGGUGGCUACUUUGAAGAAUCUCAAAUGUUUCUUUAAGACUUUUUUGGUGACUACAUGAUUCCAUAUGUGCUAUUUCAUAGUUUUAAUGUCUUCACUAUUAUUUCUAAACUCAGCAAAAAAGAAAUGUUCCUUUUUCAGGACCCUGUCUUUCAAAGAUAAUUCGUAAAAAUCCAAAGAACUUCACAGAUCUUCAUUAUAAAUGGUUUUAACACUGUUUCCCAUGCUUGUUCAAUGAACCAUAAACAGUUCAUGAACAUUCACCUGUGGAACGGUCGUUAAGACACUAACAGCUUACAGACGGUAGGCAAUUAAGGUCAAAGUUAUUAAAACUUAGAGGCCUUUCUACUGACUCCGGAAAACACCAAAAGAAAGAUACCCAGGGUCCCUGCUCAUCUGCGUGAACGUUCCUUAGGCAUGCUGUAAGGAGGCAUGAGGAUUGCAGAUGUGGCCAGGGCAAUAAAUUGCAAUGUCCGUACUGUGAGACGCCUAAGACAGUGUUGCAGGGAGACAGGACGGACAGCUGAUCGUCCUCGCAGUGGCAGAUCACGUUUUGUUCCCUGCAAGACAGGAAUGUCAGUGUUCUGCCAUGGCCAGCGAAGAGCCAGGAUCUCAAUCCCAUUGAGCACGUCUGGGACCUGUUGGAUCGGAGGAUGAGGGCUAGGGCCAUUCAACCCCAGAAAUGUCCGGGAACUUGCAGGUUCCUUGGUAGAAGAGUGGGGUAACAUCUCACAGCAAGAACUGGCAAAUCUGGUGCAGUCCAUGAGGAGAUGCACUGCAGUACUUAAUGGAGCUGGUGGCCACACCAGAUACUGACUGUUACUUUUGAUAUUCACCCCCCCUCCCCUAUGUUCAGGGACACAUUAUUCAAUUUCUGUUAGUCACAUGUCUGGAACUUGUUCAGUUUGUCUCAGUUGUUGAAUCUUGUGAUGUUCAUACAAAUAUUAACACAUGUUAAGUUUGCUUAAAAUUAACACAGUUGAUAUUGUGGACGUUUCUUUUUUUGCUGAGUUUACAAUGUAGAAAAUAGUAAAAUAAAGAAAUGCCCUUGAAUGAGUAUGUGUGUCCAAACUUUUGACUGGUACUGUAUAUCAAGCAAAUGCUAGCAGCAGAGGUUGUAUGUUUCAAAACGCCACAUCCCUUCAGAUUUGAACUUUUUCAUUUGACAGAAAUUCAAAUCUCAUCAUGAGGUAAAUGUUACUGACUAGUGUGCAAGUAUGUUUUUAACUUCCAUAUGUCAACACAAUGUUUUGGACAGCACUGUCUCUCACACAUUUUAAUAACAGUUCAUUCAAAACUAUAAGCAAUGUAUGAAACUUGAAAGGGUAGUUUCUAUGUGUGCUAUGUUCAUCUUAUGUGUUUCACCCCAACAGAAACUCAGUUGAGUCGAUUGUGAAUGUAUUGUGUUGUAAGAACUGUGUCCAUUGCCAUAAGCAGUAUUAGAAUGUCUGUACAUAAAGAUAACUUUGUCUAGGAUUGUGCUCAUAAGCGUCAUGGUUAGCCACUGCAAAUAUCCCUCAUUCUGCUGUGUCGGGCUUCAGCCUUGAGAGAAAGAUGAACAAUGAAUCCCACUGUGACUGAGGAAGCCUUACGACUGAGUAAUGCUUUUAACAUGCAUUGUACUAAAAAUGACAUUUGAAAAUUUUACAUUUAUCUGUGUGCAUGCCUCAUGAUAGUAUCAAAUCAUUAUGUCAAGAUAACAAUAAAAUCUCAAAUAAAGUCCAAUUUCUGUUUGGAAGGUAUUUGUUUUACUGUGAAUUGUCAUUAGAUUUUAUCAGUCAACAGUUUCACAUAAACCAUUUACAUUUUUUUAAUAUUUAUUGAAUGACCAGGAGAUUGAUUGUCUCUAUUACAGUAUGUGCAACACACUGGACUUGAAAUACAGUGGGUGAAUUAGUCUCUACCUCCUCCUGGUGGCAACAGCUAGGUACUGACUAGAGGACAAGACAACAAAAAACAGCUAAAACAUUUCAAUACUUUCUGGUUUAUAAAGAUUCAAAGGAUGUAUUUAACAGUUUUGUGUUAUCUUAUACAAAUAUGGUAAUCAAGCAAUCCCACUCAAACGCAACUUGAAAUCACAUGAUGAAAGAGAAAGCUGCUGUGAGCACGUUUUGUCAAAUCAUAUACUUAAGUUUCAUACAGUCUCCAAAUAUCACAUUUCAAGAGUGAAAAUUGCUGUUUGGGCAACAGGUAACCCGAUUAAGAUGUAUGCCUGAAUAAAAUCAAACAUUGAAAGUAUACAAUAACAUGGGGCAACAUAGACAAAUAACAGAAUAAUCAACUGUUAGAUCUAGAACACUGUGGUUGUCUACACUGACUCUCUUAUUGGUCCUGGUGUUCCCAGUCUUCUCAGGGGUUCUGGUCCGUCUUGUCACACUUGAGCAUGAUCUUGACCCCUUGUCCCUGGCGUGUGGUCUCGAAGGCCUGCACAGCCUGCUCUAGGGGGAACCGGUGGGUCACCAGGGGCGCCACGUUCACCUUCUUAGAGGCCAGCAUCGCUAUAGCUAUUGGCCAGCUAGAAUAAGAAGACAAAACACAUUAACAGUUGAGUUAUAAGACAACCAAUAAACACAACUUGCUGUAAUUGUUGGAACAUUAGGGACCAUAUUCCUGAAGACCUCCCAUUGUUGGGAAGGGCCUGUAAGUAAGCAUUUCACUGUUAGUCUACACCUGUUGAUUGCGAAACAUGUGACAAGUCAAAUUUGAUUUGAAGACUUCCUGCGCUGGCUUCGGGGCUCUGUUGUAUUUAUCUGGCCUGUUGGUGUUUUUUGGAUGUCAGUUCAGUGAGACUACAUGGAAUGCAUCAAAGUAUUUUUUACAUUCAUAUCAAUGUAAUAUUGUAACUGCAUAUUGCUUCAUUUAGUUUUUGUUGUUUUUAUUUUUCGUGUAAAUACAUAUUUUGCUAAUGUGUCUGAAGUAAUGGGGAAGGGUCAUGGCUGCUUUGUAAAUAUCUAUUGAUUUUUCCUGCUGGUUUGAUAGCAGGGAAAAAAGCCCUUGACUGCUAAAGGACGAUUGAAAUCCUGUUGUCAAUAUAGUUUAGAUGGACAAUGAAAGGGUAUUUGGGAGUUAAUAGGGUAAUAUUAUUUUUUAUAUAUGUAUAUCAAGCCAAUGCUAGCAGCAGAGGUUGUAUGUUUCAAAACGCCACAUCCCUUCAGAUUUGAACUUUUUCAUUUAGCAGAAAUUCAAAUCUCAUGAGGUAAAUAUUACUGACUAGUGUGCAAGUGUGUUUCUAAUUUCCAUAUGUCAACACAAUGUUUUGGACAGCACUGUCUCUCACACAUUUUAAUAACAGUUAAUUCAAAACUAUAAGCAAUGGAUGAAACUUGAAAGGGUAGUUUCUAUGUGUGCUAUGUUCAUCUUAUGUGUUUCACCCCAACAGAAACUCAGUUGAGUCGAUUGUGAAUGUAUUGUGUUGUAAGAACUGUGUCCAUUGCCAUAAGCAGUAUUAGAAUGUCUGUACAUAAAGAUAACUUUGUCUAGGAUUGUGCUCAUAAGCGUCAUGGUUAGCCACUGCAAAUAUCCCUCAUUCUGCUGUGUCGGGCUUCAGCCUUGAGAGAAAGAUGAACAAUGAAUCCCACUGUGACUGAGGAAGCCUUACGACUGAGUAAUGCUUUUAACAUGCAUUGUACUAAAAAUGACAUUUGAAAAUUUUACAUUUAUCUGUGUGCAUGCCUCAUGAUAGUAUCAAAUCAUUAUGUCAAGAUAACAAUAAAAUCUCAAAUAAAGUCCAA